AUGCCACGUCGUCGGUCUCUUUUCGGCUCUAGUGUUCGAUCUAAACAUUGUAAAACACUCGUACAUUCUCGUUCAAAUUCAUCAUCAUGUUCAACAGCGAACAAAGAAAAUGCACCAUCAUCAUCUUAUUUUUCUUCACUCUCGUCUAACCAAACUGGACCACAUAUUACCCCGAAAAUUUGCCGUUUACCACUGUCGUCACUUCAAACUACUCCUUCUUCACAACAACUAACUACUUGUCCUCAAGUCUACACGCAAAGUUCAGCUUACAAAAUUCGAAAUCAUGUUGGGCCUUCAUUCAAACGACUUCGACAAUAUGAAGAACAAGAACAGCAUCAGUCAAACAAAUCGGAAGCAACUACCAUGGCAAAAGAUUCUUUGGACUUUUAUCAAAUUAUUCAUAAUGAUUUCUUAUUACAACUGAUGAGAAAUACCACCUGUAGUAAUUGUAGUGAUGCAUGGAAUGGAACUAUGUCAAUAAGAAAAAGAGAAGGUAUAUAA